AUGGUGCCAGCACCUGUGCUGCGCCCGCGGGCUGCCUUGCUGCUCGCGCUGGCGCUCGCGCCGAGACUCGCGGACGCGACCGUCGACGCCUUCAACUGCACCAGGGCGGGCACGCAGCCCUUCCAGCUGCUCAAGGCGACGGGCGAUGCCUACUACUCCCUGAAGAAGUUGGCCAACGGCGUCUACGUCGACAUCUACGAGCUCGACUACACGGACGCGAGCGACAUCAACGCCGCCGCCAUGUACACGGACGCCGACGGAAACUUCUACCCCUACGCGGUCUUCGACAGCCAGCUCUGCCGCUUCGAUAAGUACAGCGUCCACUGCUACGACGGGACCAUGGGCGUCGACCUCGCGAACGCCGCGGCCAUCGUCGGCGGCGGCCGGCGUCCGACGGACGCGCAUCGCGACUACUUCUACUACAGCAACGCGCUCGGCGAGAACGAGGGCGACGGCCUCUGGUACGCGUCGGACCUCGACACCCAUGAUCCCACCUUCCACGACCUCACGCUGCCCGUGAACAUCGGCCUCUUCUCUUCGACGGUCGUCGACUUUGCGCCCAUUACGGAGGAUUCGGGCUCCGACGACAUCGUCGCGGACGGCGUCACGGGCGCGACCUACAUCGUCGGCAUGAUGUACGACUUCAAGCUCUUCAUCGCGCGGCUCGGCGACGACGGCGCGCCGGAGGCGUACGCGAUCGUCCAGGGCACGGGCGUCAACCUCGAGCCCAUCGACAAGCUCUUCGGCGCCGCGUGGUAUUUGGACACCGGCACCUUCGACGGCAUCUUCUUCGCCGGCAACGGCGCCGAGGGGCUCUUCACGGUCGCGACGCCCAUCCGGCGCAUCGACGACGACGGCUGCUGGAACUCGGGGUCCGACUACGCGGCGCACGUCGCGUGCGACGACGCGGUCGCCGUCGUCGUCCUGUACUCGACGUCGACGGAGACGCCCGACAACGAAGGCCUCAACUGCCCGACCAACGCGACGGCGCUCCCGACGGCCGCGCCUGCGCCGAGGCCGACGCCGGCGCCGACGGCCGCGCCGGUCGCGUCCGCGCCGGCGCCCACGGCCGCGCCCGCCUCCGCGGCCGCGCCGGCGCCCACGGCCGCGCCCGCGUCCGCGCCCACGGCCGCGCCCGCGUCCGCGCCGGCACCGGCGCCCUCGUUUCCCGCGCCCUCGCGGGCGCCGUCGGCCGCGCCGACGGCGGCGCGGUCCUACGUCAUCGAGUUCCAGAUGCCGCGGUGGAUGUUCACGGACGCGAAUUGCGACGCGUACCGGAGCUCUGACGCGAUCACGUUCGCGAACGGCCAGACCGUCGACGGCGCCGCGCUCGACGAGGUCCUCGGCGGCGCCGCCGGCGCGGAAUUCGGCGACGCGCUCUGCGCCGGCGUCGUCAACGCGUCGGCCAACGCCACGGGCGCGAACUGGACGACGGCCGCGCCCUCGGCCGUCGACGGUCGGCGCCUCGGCGGCCGGCGGCGCCUCGCGAGCUGCGCCUACGACGCGGGCGAGGACGCGGAGUCUUUCUCCCUCGACGUCAGCGCCUCCGGCGCGGCCCUCGGCGGCGACGACGACGCCGACGACGACGCCGCGUCGUCCGGCGACGCCGCGGCCGAGGCCGCGUACGCGAGCCACGCGCUCGCGUACCUCGAGAACCUCACGGCCGCGCCGGACGAGUUCGGCGACGACGCCGGGGACGGCGGCGGCGACGACGGGGCCAUCGCGCAGACGGGCUUCUGCCUCGCGCUCGCGACGGCCGCGGCCGCGCCGACGGCCGCGCCGAGCCUCGGCUGGGCGGCGUCGUGCGGCGCGCCCCUCUACGACGUCGCCGUCGACGGCGGCGACCUCCUGGCGAACAACCUCGGCGGCCGCGGGCCGGGCAACGGCAGCUCGGCGACGCUCCGCUACGGGUCCGUGACGUACAAGGACGGCGACGCCGUGGACCUCGUGCUCUCCGUAUCGGCCGGGACGGCCUACGACGUCCCCCAGGAGCCCUUCUUCUCCCUCUACCAGGGCCGCGACGGCGCCUUCGGCCAGGUGCUCGUGCGCGACAACUCGACGGCGUCCCUCGUCUUCAGCUUCGUCGACGCCGCGACGUCCGAGCCCGUGGAACUCGAGAAGUUCUACGUCACGUUCUUCGACGUCGACCGGCAGAAGAAGUUCGCGAAGCACUCGGAGAAGCUCUGCGUCGACGCCGGCGCCGUCGACGGCUACGUGCUCGGCGAAAACAGCGAGCUCGCCGUGGACGCCAGCGACCGAGCCUGCGACGGCUCGCCCGGCGCGUCCCUCAGCUUCGAGGCGACGGCCGCGGGCUUCCUCUGCGACAACCCGAGCGACCCCCACGUCCUCGAGGAGAUCUCCUGCGCCGACUGCGACCAGUGCAACGCCUCGGGCGGCGCCCUCGACGCCUACUUCCCCAUCGACGCCGCCGCGCGCGCCGCCGCACGGAACUCGACCGCCGGCGCGCCGUGA